UGUCUGAGGCGUUCUCUCUCCUGCGGCCAAACGUCCUAGAGCCGUGGUCCCGCUGCAGGGAUCGUGAACUCGCCCUCCUCUCGGCAUAGGCAGCCGAUUGGGCCAGCUGGGCGCGGUGCAUCCUGGGAGCUGUAGUUUGCGUUCCCUCCUUCCGCCUACAAGCUUCACAGAGCCACUGGAGGACGGUUGCUUGGUAUUAUUAGCAAGCGGGAAGUAUGGCGGUGGCGCGCGUCGACGCAGCUUUGCCUCCUGGAGACGGAUCAGUGGUCAAUUGGUCAGGGCAGGGGCUACAGAAAUUAAGUCCGAACUUACCCUGUGAAGCUGAUAUUCAUACUUUGAUUCUGGAUAAAAAUCAGAUUAUUAAAUUGGAAAAUCUUGAGAAAUGCAGACAAUUAAUACAGUUGUCAGUGGCUAAUAACCGGCUGGUGCGGAUGAUGGGAGUGGCCAAGCUGACCCAGCUCCGAGUGUUAAACCUGCCACAUAACAGCAUUGGCUCUGUGGAAGGGCUAAAGGAGCUGGUACAUUUGGAAUGGCUGAAUUUGGCAGGAAAUAAUCUCAAGGCCAUGGAACAGAUCAAUAGCUGCACAGCCCUACAGCACCUCGAUUUAUCAGACAAUAACAUACCCCAGAUAGGUGAUCUGUCUAAAUUGGUAUCAUUGAAGACUCUGCUUUUACAUGGAAACAUCAUCACCUCUCUUAGAAUGGCACCUGCUUAUCUACCCAGAAGUCUUGCUAUACUUUCUUUGGCAGAAAAUGAAAUUCGGGACUUAAAUGAGAUCUCUUUUUUGGCAUCCUUAACUGAAUUGGAACAGUUGUCGAUCAUGAACAAUCCUUGUGUGAUGGCAACACCUUCCAUUCCGGGGUUUGACUAUCGGCCGUACAUUGUCAGCUGGUGCUUGAACCUCAGAGUGCUAGACGGAUACGUGAUUUCCCAGAAGGAAAGUUUGAAAGCCGAAUGGCUCUAUAGUCAAGGCAAGGGGAGAGCAUAUCGGCCUGGUCAGCAUAUCCAGCUUGUCCAGUAUCUGGCUACAGUCUGUCCUCUCACUUCUACACUGGGUCUUCAGACUGCAGAGGAUGCCAAACUAGAGAAGAUUCUGAGCAAGCAGAGGUUUCACCAGAGGCAGUUGAUGAACCAAAGCCAAAAUGAAGAGUUGUCUCCUCUUGCUCCUGUUGAAACAAGGGCACCCCUUGUACCUGAGCAUUCAAGCCCUGUUCAGGAUUGCCAGGCAGUCCAGGAGAGCGAACCUGUCAUCCAAGUCAAUUCUUGGGUUGGGAUAAGCAGUAAUGAUGAUCAGGUGUAUGCUGUUAAGAAUAACUUUCCAGCCUCUGUACACACUACAAGAUAUUCUCGAAAUGACUUGCACCUGGAAGACAUACAGACAGAUGAGGACAAGUUAAACUGUAGUCUUCUCUCUUCAGAGUCCACUUUUAUGCCAGUUGCAUCAGGACUCUCUCCGGUUUCACCUACAGUUGAGCUGAGGCUACAAGGCAUUAACUUGGGCCUAGAAGAUGAUGGUGUUACAGAUGAAUCUGUGAAAGGGCUGGAAAACCAGGACUUUGACAAGGAAGAGGAAAAGGGUUUUUGGGCUGCAAAUGAGGAUUCUGUUCAAAUGAUGAGAAGUGUGAUCAGUACAGAGGUAAAUGAGAAAGAUGGGUUAUUGCUGUGUCCUGAGCCAACAGUCACCAGUGCCGUCUUGAAGGAUGACGCCCACAGUCUUACAGCUUUUCCUGAGUCAGUUGGACACAAUGUCCUUCGUGUGCAGCCAGACAGUGAAGAAACCACGUCUCAAACAGCCUCAGAGAAACUUCCCUGCAGGGUUUUAACCCAUAGAUCUGCUGCUUUGGGACAAGAUAAAGUUGCCCUUCAGAAACUGAAUGAAGCAGCCACCAAGCUUCAGGCCUGUUGGCGGGGCUUUUAUGCCAGGAACUACAACCCUCAAGCUAAAGAUGUGCGUUAUGAAAUCCGGCUGCGCAGAAUGCAGGAGCACAUUGUCUGCCUAACUGAUGAAAUAAGGAGAUUAAGAAAAGAAAGAGAUGAAGAACGUAUUAAAAAAUUUGUACAAGAAGAGGCUGUCAGAUUCCUUUGGAACCAGGUAAGGUCUCUACAAGCUUGGCAACAGACGGUGGACCAGCGUCUACGUUCCUGGCAUACUGAUGUUCCUCCUUUAUCAAGUACUCUGGUGCCAUCUAAACCUCCAUUAUUCACCCAAAGUCAGGAGCCCUCUUCUGAUCAAAAUUCUGAUUGCUUCAUUGCUUCUGAUGAAGCGCCUCAAGAGAAAUCCUUACCAGAAUUUCCAGACUCUGGUUUUCAUUCCUCCCUAACAGAACAAAGUCACUGUUUGCAGGAUUCUUUGGAUUUUGAAAAAAGUUCCACAGAAGGCAGUGAAAGUUCCAUAAUGGGGAAUUCCAUUGACACAGUCAAAUAUGGCAAAGAGUCAAAUGUAGGGGAUGUUAGCGAAGAACAUUGUGAAUGGAGUAAGGAAAGCUCAAACGAUGAGCAGGAUAAGAGUCUGCUUGAACAGUAUUUAACUUCAGUUCAGCAGCUAGAAGAUGCUGAAGAGAGGACAAAUUUUGAUGAAGGGACAGGAGAUAGUAAGCUUUACAUAGCUUGUUCCCCUGAAAAGUUAGAUACCUUGUCUGAUAGUGCUUCUGUAGAUGAUACUCAUGGCUUAUUUCCAACUUUGCGAGAUGACAUCAGCCAGACACCAGAGAAUUGUAAAUUAAAUGCGGAAGUUCAAGGGCAGCAGUCAGAAUGUGAUUCUACAUUUCAAAUAUUGCAUGUUGGUAUUACUGUGUAGCAUGUCUGGUUGCUUGGGAAGCAGAAAUCCACUUAACUUUUCUUAGGAAUAUUUUCAGUUGCCUUUUUUUUUUGAAGGGAAAUAUUCUGCCCAAUUUUGUUACUGUUUAUAUAGAAUUUGUAUUCUUGUCUCAUAUUUUCCACAUUCUAGAUACUGAGCUGAAUCUUCCUUUUGAUUUUGUUAGCUUUUUACUUAGCUGUAAUGUAUCAAACAAUAUUUAUAUUGAAAGCUAUAUGCACUUUAUUUCUUAACAACUGAAUUGCAUCAACAGUGUUCCUGUUUUUUUACGUACUCAUUUCCUUUCAGAAAUUAACUAGAGUAUCUUAAAGAAGAUAGAAAAAUUUACCUUAAAGAUAUAAAUAAGAGAAUUUUGAUUCUUCUGUAUAUGAGGAAAUUAAUUAUGUAGUAAGGAAUGCAGUUUGUUAAAGUGAAUAUAAAUGACAAAUAUGAGGACCGUGAACUAUUGAAAUUUUCCAUCCUCCUUGUAGUAAGAACAUGUUUUUAAAGACUUUUGAGUUAAGGAAAGCCUUCUUAGAAGCAAAUAGGGAGAAAAGGUAUGAUUAGAGGAUUUUUCAGUGGGAAUGAUUAAACUGUUUUAUGGAAAACUUUAGUUAAUGUCAUGCAUCAGUUCUAACAUAUGAAGCAAAGUAGUCCAUCCAGAAUUAAAAAUCAAGCUUAUCUAAAGAGGCAACACAAGACUAUUGCUCUUAGAUACGAAGAAAGCAGGAUCUAGGCUCCAUUCACUUGGAAUAAUGUCACUGCAAAUAUUUAUUAUCUUUUCAUUUAUUGCUUUUUUUACCCCACAGAUAAGCAUUUAUGUGCCAAUAUAGUGCCAGAAAUUAAUGUAUAUUCAUCUUCUCUGUUCCUGCUUUAUAUUUUCUUACGUAUUUCAGUAGAAGGUCCAUGGUCAUUUUCUUUCCUUUUUGACCUCAGCCUCAUAGUGAAGAACAUUUAAAAUAUUACUAGUGGUAGAAUAUAAAUGACUUUUCUUUUAAAGGACUAUUUUCUAUCUAAAUCUCUGAAAAACUGCCACAUUUGGAAGACGGUUUAAUGGUGGUUAAGGAAAAAAAAAAACCUCACGUAUUUCUUUACUCGUUAAAAAGAAUAUAUAUCUGUAACUUCAGGAAGAAAUGAUAAUACUGUGUUUGAAUGUUACAGAUAGAUACAUUCGCAAAUCAAGGAUAAUUUUUGGAAGCUUGAUAUUUUAAUCUUUGAGAAUGUUAUAAUAUCGUUGAACAAUGCAUAUCUGAUUUCCCCCAAUCUAUGGACAUACAACUAUUUAAAACUAUGGCAAUACUUAAGUGUUCUCUAAAUUUGGGUGCUAGAUAUCUAUUCAUUAUUCUGUUAUAGUCAUUAGGUCCCCUUCUUUGAAGUUAUUAUCUAAAAUAAAGACUUCUGAUCCUUCAAGAAUACAGUCAGGGAUCACAUGUUACACUUUGUUGUUAGUAGAAAUGUUUUUUCAGUGUGGGUAAGGUGUGUUUUUCUUGGUUUUUAAAUGUUUAGCACUCAGGUUGGAGGACUUGGAUUUCACUCCUAGAAAUCCAGAAUCUCUUGAAAAGGAAAUAGUUUCCGUCUCAUAAAUGAAACAGCAGUCUUAUGUUCAAAAGGAUUUUCCCUAGUGAAGCCUAUGUAAUGUUGAAUGCAUGUUAAAUAAAAAUAGAAUUUUUUACUUUUUAAAUAAUGCCAAUUAUCUUUUAUGAAUGAUUUUGAAUUUCUUCUUAAAUAUACCCUAUUUUUCUAUUUUACAGUUAAGUGCCUCAUUUGCUGCCCAUAGUUAGACAAAGAAAAGCCGCCUUGCACUGCACUAGUACCACAGUGCUGCUCCUGGUACAUGAACUUCUCACAGAAGCUCAUAGAAGCUGGAAGGUCAUGAUUUAGUAUUACCCAAGCAGGUUUCUGCUGACAUCUUCUCCCUCUUCUCUUUUUUUAAGAAAUGGCAAAACAUAACUAAAUUCAUUUCAGCAUCAGCAUUUGUCAGCAAGAUUUCCCUUUUUUACCUUUGCCUUAUUUUUCUAGCCCAUAAAUAAGUAUUCAGCAUACAUUUAUUUUUAGAUUGGCAGAAUAUGAUAAUGAUUAAUAGUCUGCUCUUCCUUCUAUUUAACUGUGCUAAUGUUUGAAGUGCAAGAAUAUUGAGUAGCCCCUACUUUAACUGUACACAUUAUCUUGACUGUAGAUAAAAUGAAAAUAAUGUAAAUUAGAAUGCAAGAAAACUGUGGCAUAGACUUAAUACAUUUUAAUAGAUUUACAAUGUAAUUUAAAAUUUAAAUUGGUUUUAACUCCAUGGGCUCUUCAUUGGUCUGGCUAAGGAGGUAAUGGGUCCAAUAAGGUUUGGGAGUUGAGCUUUAACGUGAUCUUUGUGUUUCUUCUAACCAGAGAGGUUUAGUUCACUGAUGCUAUUUUAGUUCCCAACAGUUCUCUUGAUUUAUGGAAAAUUCAAUAUAUCAAUUAGAUAUUCUUACAGAAGCACAGAAUGAUGCCGUCUGAGAAUUGGAAGGGACUUUAGAGAUUAUCUAUUCUAAUCUCUUUGGGUUGUUUUUUGUGUGUGUGUGUGUGAGGAAGAUUGGCCCUGAGCUAACACCAAUGCCAAUCUUCCUCUAUUUUUUGUAUGUGGGAUGCUGCCACAGCAUGGCCUGAUGAGCGGUGUGUAGGUCCACGCCCGGGAUCCAAACCCACGAACCCCAGGCUGCCGAAGCGGAGUGCACGAACUCAACCACUAUGCCACUAGGCCAGCCCCUCUGAUCUCUUUGUUUUAAAGGUGAAACUAAGGCACAGAGAAGGUAGAUGACUUGUCUGAUGUUUUAGCUAGUUAGUAGUAAAUAAACUCUGACAACGUAAAAGUUAUCAUAUUUCAAAAUCUUAAUAUAUGCUAUUAAUCUUUACGUUUAGUGAGUCAGUAAGAAAGUCUCUGCAUAUUUUUCAUUCUUUUUGAAACAGAAAAAAACUUCUGAGAGAGCUAGAACUCUACCACUCAAGGCAAAGUUUCUUGUAGAAAACAACUAAAUUGUUCAGAACCCUGAGUGAAUUUUUUCCCAGAAAUGUUGUUUGAUUAAAAUGGUUUUUAAAGAGCAAUAGUAGAAAUUAAAAUUUUAAAAGAAUAGCUACAUCUGGAGUCCAUUUAUUUGGUGACAUGAAGUAUAACAGGUUGCAAAGAUAUAUAAAAUUUUCUAGUGAAAUGCUGAGUUUGAUUAUGUUUCGUCUUUGGUGUUGCAGAACAACAGAAGUUAAAGUUUUAACUCUCCUGGUGUGCAGAAAUCUCCAAUCAUGACAGUUGAUACAUACAUCAUAUAGUUUCGUUUUGUAAGUUUAAUUAUAAAAGGCCUCAUAACAUGCAUGUUUUAGGAAAAUAUUUUAGCCACACAAUUGUUUGCAUAUAUGCAAAUAACUUUAUUCUUGAAUAAUGUGGGUGCCAUUCUCAAGUGUAGAUUUUUAUUUUGUUUUGGAUUAUUUUAAAUAUGCAAACACCUUAAUAGUGUGUUUUCCUGUUAUCUACUUAAGACAAAUCUAGUUCCACUUUUUAUAAGUAUUUUCAGAAAAAUUAUAUGCUUAAGAUAUUAUAUUAUCUCCCUUGGGACUUUUCUUGGUGCAUAUUCUUAGAAUUGGAUUUAUGACAAUAAUAUAAAAUAUAAAAUCUUUUUUUUCUGGUAAAUUAAGACAUAGUAAAAGGGGAAAAUAUAAAAUGAGUCAGAUCAUUUUCCUAUUCAUAAAUGAAAAGUAAAAGACUUCAUUGUUUAAUGUAUAUUUUUAUUUUGUCAUGUACCUUAUUAAGGGAUAUUUAUUAUAUUGUAAUGUUUUUAACUUUUAAAUAUAUGACCCCCUCAUUUAUGAAGUAAAGCAGAGAGGGUCUGUAAGGAACAUUCUAAACAUUUUUAGUGAUAUUGUUUUCACUCAUCAAACCUCUUGUGCCAUAUUAAAAUUAAAAGUCAAAUAAACCAAGUAGUCUUCACAGCGUUGGAGAGAAACAGAUAAUUGUCUUUUUAAAUGAGGUGCUUUUUAUUUGUGAAUGAGUAGAAAUACUAAAUUUUAAUUCCUUAAUUGAUUUAGUGGCUAGCAGGAAUCAUACUGUAGUGGCUUUGUUCAUUUUGUAAUUAAAUUUCUUUGAGGAUUUUAUAAUAAUUUUAAGCUUGACAAUAAGAGUUUAAAACCAGUUUGAUUUUGGAACAUUUUUAGAUUUCUCUUUAAUUUUGUUGUAGAAAUAGUGGAUUAGUUAAAGUGGUUAUGGUCUGUUUUAUGAAGGCUUAAUAUUUUAUAUUGUACUUAUUUAAUUUGUAUUUAAGUCUAAUUCUAAAUAAAAAGUUUGUACAUUU